AUGAAUGUCUCCUCAUCGUGCUAUGGUUUAUUUGUCGAUAUCAAGAAUACUCUUUACUGUUCAAUAUUUCAAAAUCAUCAAGUUGUGAAAAGAUCAUUGAACGAUUCUGUGAUCACUUCAAAUCGCGUUGCUGCUGGUAUCGGUAAACAAGGAUCAACGUCUUAUCAUCUCACUGGUCCUGGUGGAAUCUUUGUCGAUGUGAAUUUGGAUUUAUAUGUGACAGAUUGUGAAAAUGAUCGAGUUCAAUUGUUCCAGCCGGGAGAAAUAAAUGGCAUAACAGUGGCUGGAGAUACAUCACUAAAUCCAACAAUUACGCUUAGUUGUCCAACUGGAAUUCUAUUAGAUGUAGAGAAGUACUUAUUCAUAGUGGAUCGCGCCAACCAUCGUAUUGUUGGUUCAGGCUUGAAUGGUUUUCGAUGUUUAGUUGGAUGUGAUGGAAGGAGUUCACACUACAAUGAAUUGAAUUAUCCACUUAGUUUUAGUUUUGAUCGUUUUGGAAACAUAUUUGUUACUGAUGAAUCAAAUCAUCGAAUUCAAAAAUUUCAAUUGUUCGAAGAAUCAUGUGGUACGUUUAGAAUGAUUGAAUAA